UAUUUUUUUCGAUGUGAAUUUAUGUGAAAUUAAACGUGUUUUUAAUAAAAAUCGACUAUUGUUAGAUCAUAUUUAUGUAGAUAAUAGUGUUUCGUGUAUUUUGUGAUGGUUGAAUGUGAAAUUUUCCGGUGAAAAUGACGUUAAUUAAUGUUGAACAUUGAGGAGGAUGUAAGCAUGUUAGUACUUAGUGUCUGUGUCAUGAAAAAAUUAUCAGUGAUUUCGUAUUCUUUGCAUUCUAAAGGAAUUUUUUGAUGGUAGCGGGCAGGAUCCUGAAUGCUGUGAUGUCGAGGCAUCAUGUGGAACAGCUUGGGUUGGAUUCUGGCUAUUGUGAAUGUGGUGUCUUCGUUGUCUCCGGUUAUUAAAAUUGGUGCAAUCUUUACCGAAGACGCCAGAGGAGGGAGUGCUGAGUUGGCUUUUAAAUACGCAAUAUAUAGAAUAAAUAAAGAAAGGAGUAUUUUACCUGAAUCCACUUUAGUAUAUGAUAUACAGUAUACAACGCCUAGGGAUACUUUUCGAGCGUAUAAAAAAGCGUGCAUACAAAUAAAAUCAGGCGCAGUAGCCAUCUUCAGCAGCGCUGGUCCGCUCCUCGGGUCGACGCUGUCUGCAAUGUGCCAAUCGUUGCACGCGCCACACUUCACUAUAGACCCUAAGUACAUAGCACCACAAAACAGCACAAUGUCGUUCACAAUCAACUUGUAUCCGUCGCGAGAGUUAUUGGACAUGGCUUUCACGGAUCUCACGGCGUAUUUGAACUGGUCCAGAAUGGGUAUUAUAUAUGAAGACUAUGGUUUUGGAGAACUAAACAUAGGUAACCUAGCUCGAGAUGGCAGAGAUAUGUACGCGGUGCGAUGUGAUGCUCGUGACUAUCGACGAGCGCUGUACCAACUUAAGGCGCAAGGGAUCGGCCAUAUUAUUGUAGACACGGAUCCUAGGCAUUUACGGCAAUUGGCUAGAGCAAUCCUACAGUUACAAAUGAACAACGAAAACUAUCAUUAUAUCUUUACUUCUUUUGAUAUGGAAUUAUUCGAUUUAGAAGACUUUUACUACAACCGCGUAAACAUGAGCGGAUGGAGGCUCGUCAAUAGAGACUCUGAUAAAGUGAAAGAUGCGCUACAAGUUAUGGAGAAGUUCCAUCCCAUUGGGGCGUCUAUACUCUCUGGGGGACAUAUUAAGACUGACCCAGCGCUUCUCUACGACGCUGUCCAAGUACUGGCCUUAGCACUCGCUUCGACCAAAGAUGUUCACAAAAGUAAUGUGUCCUGUGACACGGAAACCCCAAUGGCCCACGGGAAUAUGUUGUGGGAGAAUAUACAUAAGGUACAAGCACACGGCCUAACCGGACCCAUGGAGUUCACAAACGGUGUCCGAACGACAUUCAACCUGCAGCUGAUGCGUCUAGUAGGGGGUGUUGGGGGUGUUUGGGGUGCUGGGGGUGCGGGGGGUAGGGAUGGGGGGACAGUUAUGUCGGGUACGUGGAACCCGACCGAUGGGCUCGAAGUCACAGAUCCGGCCGCGUAUAGACGGGACCCACCGCCUAAUGUUACGCUCACUGUGGUUACUGUUGAGGAAAAACCCUACGUAAUGGUGAAAGAAGGCUGGAACCUGCAAGGCAACGCUCGCUUCGAGGGUUUCUGCAUAGACCUCUUAGCCCGAGUCGCCGCUAGAGCCGGGUUCGAUUACCGGUUGAGGCUCGUACCGGAUAAUAUGUAUGGGGCUUGGGAUCCCGAUACGGGGCAGUGGAACGGGAUUGUACGGGAGCUCAUAGAUCGGAAAGCGGACAUAGCAGUCGCGUCGAUGACGAUCAACUACGCACGGGAAGUCGUUAUAGAUUUCACGAAGCCGUUCAUGAAUUUGGGCAUUGGGAUCUUGUUUAAGGUACCCUCAUCCCAACCAACGCGAUUAUUCAGCUUCCUAAACCCACUCGCCAUAGAAAUAUGGUUAUAUGUUCUAGCUGCGUAUAUAUUGGUUUCAUUUACAUUAUUUGUUAUGGCGAGAUUCUCACCUUAUGAAUGGUCAAGCAGUACGCAUGUAUGCGGUCAUGAAACUAAAUUACUCACAAAUCAGUUUAGUGUUUGUAACUCCAUUUGGUUCAUAACCGGAACGUUUCUGAGACAGGGAUCUGGAUUGAAUCCUAAGGCCACAUCAACGCGAAUAGUAGGUGGUAUUUGGUGGUUCUUCACACUAAUAAUAUUAUCAUCGUAUACCGCGAAUUUGGCUGCCUUCCUCACGGUAGAACGGACGGUAUUACCGAUACAAAGCGCAGCGGAUUUGGCAGCUCAGAACAGUGUGCAGUAUGGGACGCUCAAUGGAGGGUCCACUAUGACGUUCUUUAGAGACUCCAACAUAGAUAUAUACCAGCGAAUGUGGCAACACAUGUCAACUGCCUCCCCUCCAGCGCUAGUUUCCUCUUACGAGGAGGGAGUUAGGAGGGUUUUGGGGGGAAACUACGCGUUCCUAAUGGAGUCCACCAUGUUGGACCAUAGAGUACAGAGGGAUUGUAAUUUGACACAAAUUGGUGGUCUGUUGGAUUCGAAGGGUUACGGCAUAGCAACAUGGAAAGGCAGUCCAUGGCGGGACAAGAUAUCGCUCGCCAUAUUGGAGUUACAGGAGAAAGGAGUAAUACAAAUACUCUAUGAUAAAUGGUGGAAAAAUACGGGCGAUGUAUGUAACCGUGAUGGCAAGGAUAGUAAGGCUAAUCCGCUGGGCGUUCAGAAUAUUGGUGGAGUAUUCGUCACACUUCUAUGUGGCUUGGUUCUGGCCAUAGUGGUAGCGAUUCUAGAGUUCUGUUGGAACACGAGGAAAAACGCGUCACAGGGUAGACAAUCUUUGUGCAGUGAAAUGGGUCAGGAGCUCCGAACUGCGAUGCGAGGCGGUUCAUCCAGGACGGUGCUAAAGCCUGGCUGCUCCAGAUGCUCUCCAGCAACACACGUGCCACCAGCUCCAGCUAGAUAUGAGGCGGACGCGUCAAGCACAGUGGAGCUGAAGGAGCUGCGCUGGUCAUAGCGCGGGGCGCGGCGCGGCGCCUCCGCGCCCGCCUCGCCCGCGCCCGCGCUCGCUCGCACCCGACACACACAUACACACUCAACAAGUACUCUUCGAAGAACGUCAUCGUACGUACUGAAGGAGCCUCGAGAGAAGAAACAUGUUCAAAUAGUUGCCUAAAUCUAAAUGUAGAUUUUUUACUGCCGUUUCUAAUAACCUAUAUAUCUAUAAAAAAU